UUGCGGAUGUAGUUGAAGAGUCAUCAUCCAUCUCCAAACGGGUCCUCAUUAGACCCAGGACUUCCGCGCAAGAAACAUCCGUGUCAGUGACCAAAGUUGGUCAUCGGUUCCGCUCCCCCACCAAACAUCCCCCAGUGCAAUUGUGGCCGUAUGCUGCGGACAUUCCGGUGAACCGAUUUGCGGCGCAUUUGCUGCAUUGAAGUUCUAACCUCACUUUUUUGUGGGAGGUGGAAUUUCGCCAUCCGGUGACCGAGGAGCUUCAUCACACCGUAGAAACCACGCCGCCAAAAAUGGGCCGCGGCAGACCAAAGCGGGAAAAUCCGGCCAACGGUGACGCGCCGGCUGCGAAAGUCGCCAGGACGUCGUCCACCAAAUUCGAACUCCCCCUCCCCGCCCUCCCCACGCUCUCCGGCAACGUCCUGUCCUGCGGCCAGGGCGAAGUCGGCCAGCUCGGCCUCGGCGAGGACGUGUUCGAAAAGACGCGGCCGGCGCUCAUCCCCAGCCUGCGCGACAUCGUGGACAUUUCGGCGGGCGGCAUGCACAACCUGUGCCUAACCCGCCGGGGGGAGGUUUACUCCUUUGGAUGCAACGACGAGGGCGCGCUGGGGCGGGCCACCGCCGACGAGGAGGGCUCGGAGUUUGAACCACGCCGGAUUGAGCUGCCGGCGCCUUGUUUGAAAAUUUCGGCCGGUGAUUCACAUUCCGCGUGUCUGCUGAACGAUGGCCGCGUGUACGCUUGGGGCUCGUUCCGGGAUUCGCACGGCAACAUGGGCCUCACGCUCGAGGGCAACAAGCGGCUCCCGAUCGAGGUCAUCCCGGGCGUCAAAUCGGUGGACAUUGCCUCCGGCGGGGAUCACCUCGUAAUUCUCACCGAGAACGGCCACGUGUACACCGUGGGCUGCGCCGAGCAGGGUCAGCUCGGCCGCAUUUCGACCCGGGCCGCCUCCGGUGAGUCCCGCCGGGGCAAAACCGACCUCCUUCAGCCGGGCAUCGUCACCCUCAAGGGCAAGAAGGUCCUCGCGGACGCCAUCUGGGCCUCCACGUACUGCACCUACUUCAAGGACCGCAACACGGCCAAGAUCUUCGCCUUCGGCCUCAACAACUACUGCCAGCUCGGCAUCCCGAACCCCAGCGAGAACGUCGUCAAACCAGUAUUCGUCCCCGAACUCACCAGCUUCACCGACGUCAAAACCAUCGACGGUGGCCAGCAUCACACCCUGAUCCUGAAAACCGACAACAAAGUGCACGUCAUCGGCCGCAAAGAGUACGGCCGGCUCGGCCUCGGCGACGUGUCCGAGGACGCCAAAACCGUCACCCCCGUCCCAGCCCUCGCGGACAAAAAAGUCACCGAGAUCUGCUGCGGCGAGAGCACCUCCUUCGCCAUCACCGACAAGGGAGAACUCUACGCCUGGGGCAUGGGCUCGAACCAGCAGCUCGGAACGGGCAACGAAGAGGACGAACAGACCCCAAUUCAAAUCGCCAGCAAGCAGGUCCAAGGCAAGCGCAUCCUAAAGGUCUCCAGCGGAGGCCAGCACAGCUUGUUCAUCGUGGAGGAAGCGCCGACGAAGGAGGCCACCCCCGUCCCGGAACCAAAACCCGCCGCCACCAAAUCCAAGAAGGAGGAAGCCACUUCAUCCUCGUCCACGACCAAGACGAACGGAACUGCCCCGAAGGAGGCGGCAGCAGCAGUGAACGGUGGCGACGAAGCGUCCGACGACGGCAAGGACGCCACGGUCAGCACCACCACCACCGAGGAAAAGAAGCCGGCCGCGCGGGGACGCAAGCGCAAGUUGUAGAUUGGUCGUGGUCGUCGCGAAUUGUUUCACAAACCCCAGCCUAGAAAUAUUCAAAUUUAGUUGUUAUGGUUAGGCUUAGCUAGUGCAAAGAAACAAAAAAAAAAAACGAAUACUUAAAAAGGGAUGAGAGCAAGAACUAAGUAAAUUAGUUUUCCUUUUUGUUUGGUUGCUGUACGUAAGGAGCGAGCAGGAGUAUUUUUUUAAACUGAUAUUCAUAGGCCAACGUCACUCGACAAAACUGUUUAUUAUUAUUUCCCCCCUUCUUUUCUCGUUUGUUCUUAUUAAAACUGUUAUUUCUGUUUCUCUUAAUUGUAAUUUUCACCAUCGUUGUACAAACGAUAUCUCUGUAAGGCAUCCUGUUUCAUUAAUUUCAACCCUGUUUAGGAUCAAGUUGGUAAAUACCUCCCCUGUGAAGGAAGUAGGGUAGGAUAAACAAGAAAACGAACUGAACUGACGAAACACAGCCGUUUCAAGUGAGGGUCCGCUACGUUUGGCGCGAAAUUAACUUAUUUAAAACUUCAUUCGAGAUCAUUCAAUAAAAAAACUUCUUAAACAAAAUGGU